GUUACCUCGCGUUAUCUCUGUCGACUUUUUUCUUGAUGAAACGUAUGCAGACAAUGUCGGUGUCAUUGGAAGAGUACAUGGAGAAGGAGGUGGAUUAUGCGAUUGCGAACAUGAAGAACGCGGAGCAAGGUAUCAAGGAGACGAUGGAUGCUUUCAUUGCUUUGGUGACUGGAUACAAUAUCGAUCUCUCAAAUUUUGCCGAACUUAAAGAAAACUACAACAAACGACUUGCCGAGAUUGAUGGUGUCAAAGAAAUGAGCAUGUUUCACAACAUCAAGAACAUCACUGUAUACCUUGAGCUCUUGACUGAAAACAUCAACACAACAAUCAGGACUUUCCCAACACGGAACAAGCGUCUUAUUCAAGAAGCUGCCACGGUAUCACUGAAAAACGCGUCCUCUUCUUCUUCAAGUUCAUAAUCAUUUUUUAAGAUCUUUCAUCUUUUCUCUUUUUCGUGUAUGUACUCUUACAUCUCACUUGCACAUGCUGCUCUUUGCCAUCUCAAAUCAGUGUCACAAUGUGAACUUUUUUUGAUUAGCACCCAGUUCACACUCCCUUGCCCCGUUUUGUUUUCACCCAAUUUAUUAUUUUGUUUGUAAAAAGUAGUGAAACAAUGUAUGUUAAUUUUA